AUGGCAGUGUUGUUUGACUUGUACACUAUCCGACAAGAGCAAUCUAAGGAGUCAGAAAUAAAUCAAGUUAUCAAAGCAAUCCAGAAGAAUAACACAAUGGAUAAGGUAGAGCACAAUAGUGAUUUGAAUCUAGCAACACGAAAUCACCCCUUGGGUGUUAAACAGGAGUUCUUUGUUGUACUACCAAAAUAUUUGAGAAGACGCUUAUUGUUCCUAGUACACGAUUCGCCCUUGUCAGGUCAUAUGAGACAAGCGAGAACAUGGGAGAGAGCUCGUAGAGCAGCUUGGUGGACUGGUAUGAAGAAGGAUAUGAUGACAUAUGUACAAGUAUGUGAUAAGUGUCAGUUGCAUAAGCGAAAGAAAUUCCCUGGUAAAGCCCCAUUACGGAAUACCGAUAUUCCAGGACGCCCUUUGGACAAGGUUCAAAUAGACUUCUGCGGCCCUUUUCACAAGUCAAUUCCAGAUAAAAUGGAGUACAUAUUGGCUAUCCAAGACGCAUUCAGCAGAUACUGUAUUUUGAUACCUGCAAGAGAUUGUAAAGCGGAGACUGCUGCACAAGUUUUUCAAAAGAGGUGGGUUUGCCAGUUUGGAAUUCCUCUCAUGGUACAAUCGGAUAGAACAAAUCACCCACAAUCUCAGGGCCAGGUUGAGCGACAGAAUCAGUUGGUGAAUAAUAUUCGUUGUGUAAUAGAGGAGGAGCCAUAUUCUUGGCCUAGAGCAGUAGGGGUAGUGCAGUUUGCACAUAAUACCGCAGUGAAUGCUACCACUGGAUAUAAUCCUCAUGAUUUAUUGAUUGGAAGAUUGUCAGACGAGGAUUGGGAAAAUGACGAGACACAAAAAGAAAUGGCUAGGAGGCGAGUGGUAAAUACGAUUCAGAAAAUGGACAAAAUACUUGGAAGUGUAAGAAGGCGGAUUGCACAGUGUCAAGAAAAUCGAAAGGUACGAGCUUUACGACGAAGUGUUCCAUAUGAAGUGGGACAAGGGGUACGAAGAAAGUUGUCACCAGCUGAAAGGAGAUUAGGGAAACUUUCACCAUACAAGAGAACUAGAUAUGUGAUUAUCGAAAAACAAGGAGACACAUAUUGGUGUCGUGAAAUUGAAGGGACAAACCCACGAACCAUUCAAAAGCAUCUAGCUCAGGAAGGAACAUUAUCGUGGGAGAGGAACAUCAUUGAUCAGAGAAGGAUGGACAGUGAAUUGAAUACAGAAGAUGGCUAUUGUGGACUGGUAUCACAAGAACAGAGAGAGCAGCCUGAAGAAUAUAGAAGACGAUAUGAAGAGGUCGAAUAUCGGUACACAAAUGAGGAUGACGAAGAUGUUUAA